AUGGCUGCCCAGGUUGAGAGCGUCACCCCCGUUCCAGUGCCCGUCCCCUCCAAUGGUAAUGGCGUGGCUGCGUUGAAGAAGGCCCAGUUCUUCCCAAUCAGCAAUGGUCACACAACUGUUGUUUCCAAUGGCCACUCGGAGUCAAACCGUCUUGGUGUUCUGCGUGAGCUGAACUAUCGAAUGACAUCACGCGUCUUCGGCAAAUUGGACGUUGAAGCCCGCUCCAUACUGGAGAGCGUGAAGGGGGCCGAUGAUGUCUUCGAUAGCAUUGCCAUUGAACGUCUGCGCUACAUGCCCCGCGAUGGUAGCCAGUUGGACCGUGUGUUCAAGUGGACUGCCUAUCUCAUUGCUCAACUGGAUCAACUAUCUAAGGAAAUUCAACCCUUCGCCUUAUACUCCGAGGAGGCUGCCCAGUCUAUGUGGGGUUCUUGUCUAGUCUUGCUUUCGCUCGGUCCCGAUCAAAUCGAUCUUCUUUCCUAUGUCUUUGGCACUUUCCACAACCUGGCGCAGGAUGUUUCCCGCCUGACAGCUCAAUGGCGCUCUCAGGAAUCGGUCACUGAUGCCCAGAGUGAGGUUGUUGCCGCUUACUCCGAUCUCGUUGAGCUCAUUUGUAAUGUGAGCGUACACUAUUACCGCAAGGCGCACAACUUCUCUCGAGCUGUCGAUGUAUCGGAUUUCCAUGCUCGUUUCUCUCAUCACAUUCAUUCCUUCCAGUCUCACCGUGCUUCACUCAUCGAAGUCUUGUGGACCAGCAGCUCUGCUACCUUGGAGUUUACCACAAACCCGGUAGUCAAAGUCCGGGAGAUUCGCGAGUUCCUCUCUUUCCACGACCGUGCUGUCUCUGCCAUUCUGUCUGCUCGCCAGCCCCGUGCAGCUGAGUACACCUGCGAGUGGUUUGAGAGUCACUUGACUCAGCAGCAGACUCGCCGUCCAGGCCUGACUGUCAUCAACGGUGGCGUCGGCAGUGGAAAGACUGUCCUAUCACAGUGGAUUGUGGAUAAGUUGCACUCCUCCCCUGACGGGGAUGACACAGAUGUGGUCGUGUACAGAAUCCACGAGGAUAUCAGCGAGACUGCCACUAGCAUCAACGUCAUCAAAGGCGUGCUGCUUCAGCUCUUGGAUCGCCAGGUCGGAGAUGCUGCCUUUCUCGAGGCCCUUGACCAGGCCAUCCGCAUCGCUCGCUCUAGUACCUCGACCAAGGAUAUCGAAGAGUCUCUUUGGAAUGCCGCUUUGGUCGCCUCAAAGAGCCUCCGUGAUGUAACAAUCCUCAUUGAUGGUCUGAGUGAGCUUUCUAGUCCUUCAGACUCUGUUCCCCGUGUGUUGAGCCAACUCUCUCGUCUCACUUCGCAUAGUUCUGGUGUACGAGCAGUUGUGCUGUCACGACCUCUCCGCUGUUCGCUCCCCCAAGGAACGCACAACUUCACUAUCGAGCCAGCUCAUGUGCUUGAGGAUAUCAAGACAGUCAUUUCGGCUACCUUGGAAUCUACCAGACCAUUCAAUGUCCUCAAGCCCGAUGACCGGGAAGAAAUCCUAAAGACUAUUGUCCAAAAGUCCCAGGGAUCCUUCAUCUGGGCUUUGAUGGUAGUCUCUAGCCUCACUAAGCUGCGAACCUUUCCUGAUAUCUUAUCGGCUGUGCAAUCUACCCCUGCGUCUCUGAGCGAGGUAUUCAACAAGCUACUCGCCACCAUCAAUCUCCAAGACACAGACACUCGUUCUCUGCUGGCCUGGACUCUGGCAUCUCACCGUCCAUUCCGUGUCAGCGAGGUACACGCCUUGUUCGAGACUGACACCAAGCGCAUGGAGCCUGUGCACCACAUUGGCGACACUACUCAAGAUAUUCUCAGCGCCAUCGGAGCCUUUGUAACUGUUUAUGACGGUGUCAUAUCUUUCCGUUAUUCCGCCUUGCGCCAACACUUGAUCACCGUGGCUAGCGCGGUUACCGAUUUCACAAACAAGGGUGGCUUCCCAUUCCACUUGAAGGAAGCUCACUACGAUAUCGUCACCCGCUGUCUGGCAUAUGUGAAGUUCCAUGUCCAGGAUGACCUGGAGGUGUCUUCCGUCACUGUCCGCCCGUCAACUCAGAACCACUUUUUCGAUCGCUAUGAGUUGCUUGAGUAUACCGCACGUUACUGGCCCGCUCAUUUCUCCUUGUCUCCCAUGAUGGAAGGCAAGGAUACUUUCAAACUCACUGCCACCUUCAAGCAAUGUCUACCUGAUUCAAUUCUUUUGGCUCUGCUUGAGACCAGCACACAGCAGAUCCAGUUCUCCCUGCAUACCGCCGAGGAGUUCUUGUCUCUGUCUAUUAAGCUUCGUCGCUUGCUAUUCAACAAUGUUUCUCAAUCCUUGCUGCAAAGCCUCGUGCUCCAAGGUCGUCUGACCCACACCCUCGGUCUUCGAACCAGUGUGGACUAUCUCUAUGAGUCUUGGGUACUUAGCGAGAAACUCCUUGGCUCACAGAGCAGCGUGGUCAAGGCUACUGCUGAGCUAUUCAUGCAGUCUAUGACCAAGGUUGACAUUAAGGAGACCACAAUUAUUAAGAAGAAGGAGAAUAUACUCCGCUACUUGAUCGAGCGAACCAAAGAAGAGCGGGGUGUGUCUCACGAUCUGACCGUCAAGUACACUCGCUCGCUUGUUCAGCUCUACAUUGAUAUCAAGAACAUUGAGGAAGCUACCGCUGUUUGCAAGGAGCUAUAUGAGUUGAGCAUAACCCGCUAUGGCCGUUUCUCUUCUGAGACACAGGAUACUACCGACAUCUUCUUUGAACAGCUGCAGUACUUCGGCAAGUCGGAGUUUGUUUCUGAAGUCAUGCAGACCCGCCAUGAGUACAACAUCCAGCAUCUGGAAGUCACGGAUGAGCGUCGCAUCACAUCUACUAUUUCCAGUGUGGAAGUCUUCGAGCAGCGCGGUGAGAUCACCCGUGCCGAGUCCAGUCUCUUUGAGCUCUGGCAGAGUCUGUCCAGUGUGGAGCAGACAUCUGAGUCUGUGAUCAAGCAGCAGGUGGAUGUGACUCUGAAAUACUCCGAGUUCCUCACCAAGCACGGCCGCAAGGAUGAGGCCGAGAGCAUUGUCAGUGGCAUGUGGGUAUCUCUGCAACAGCAAUCGUCUCGCUUUGAGAGCCUCAGCUCGACCAUUGAGAAGUUCACGUCCCACAUCAAAACACAGAAGUGGUACUCCUUGGCCGAGUCAGCUCUUUCUUCUCUCUGGAGUCAAUACAAGUCUGAAAAGCGCACUAGCAGCUCUUCCACUGUUGCUGUUGCCUCGGCUCUGAGUGAGAUUGUUCAAGAGUCUAUAACUACGACACGCUCCAGCACUUCCUCGAGAUCAUCAUCCUCCACUAUCGUUCAGACACAUCAGCAGUUUGAGCUCUUGCGCGAGGUUUUCGAGGCGGCUUCUCAGUCAACCUCGGUCUCCACGAAGUCUGUUGCUUCUACUAUCCAGAUGGCAGAGACAAUUGCCGAAUCGUACGUUCAACAGGGCAAGUACGAGAAGGCCAUUGAGAUCCACCAGCGCGCGAUGCAAAGCAUCUGGUCGGGUAUUGAAAGCAAGACCUCCGUAAUUAAGCUCACUUCUGAGACUACUCGGGUGGCUCGACAUGCCAUCAGCCUUGCCCAAGUCUACUUUAAGAACUUGCAGAUUGAGAAGGCUUCCACUGUUUAUGAGAAUACUUUCAAGUCUGUCAUCUCAUCUGUUUCUGUCAAAGACGAACUCUUCACCAGUGUCACCAAGGAUAUCAUUUCCUUCUAUGAGACUACCUACCAGUUCUCCAAGGUUACCUCUAUGUACCAGGAGAUUUACAAAGUUCUGUCGACCCAAAUUGGCAAAACAGGUGAGCGGACUAUCCAGACCCUCUACAGCUGGGGUGACCGUGCUAUAAAGUAUCACCAAGAAGUAGAGGCAGAAAAAGCCUACUACGAGAUCUUCGUUGCCUUUGGCAAGAAGGAAACUCUCGAUGCCCGCUCCAUCAGCGCAGCCCGCGCUCUAUGCACCAUCUAUGAGAGCAGCAAGCGCUGGAAGGAGGCUCAGCAAGUGUAUGAGAUUUUGUGGAAGACCAUCACUCUGCACGGCCAGGAGUUGUCCAUCGAAAGUGAGGAUAUCGAAACCAUCUACUCUCGCUACUCGUCCUUGCUAGAGACACACAUAAAGGCGGAUAUUACUGUGAUCCACAGCCUCGCGACCAGCUACCGCGAGACUUGCUUGAAGGUCUACGGCGAGUCCCAUGUCUCCACUUACAAGGCUACCAUAAGGCUGGCCGAGAUCAGCCACUCCAGCGAGAAGUACCAAAAGGAGACUCUAUCGCUCUACGAGUACGCGCUCAAGAUGAGCUCAAAGUUCUCUUUCACUGUCGACACUCGCGAGUUUACCGAGUCGAGCACAGCCACUACCACAUCGACUAUCAGUAUCAUCAAGCAGCGGCUUGCUAAGCUGUAUUCGAGCAGCACCGAGACUGUUUCCAAGGCUGUUUCCCUCUAUCAAGAGGACUAUUAUUCUUCUGUCAAGCAAGAGGGCUACGCGUCCCAAACUAGCCUCACUGCUCUUCAAGAACUUGUGACAUCCUACCACAAGCAGAACACCAAGACUUCAGCCACAGAGGCUGUGAAGACCCUUACAACGGCGACUACUUCUAUUUUUGAGCAAGAGACAGACUCUCAGCGCAUGUACAAGUCUUCCCAGACUAUUGCACAGAUGUAUAAGACCGUCGGCCACCAGGAGGCUGCAUGGACUCUCCUGCAAACUCUUCGGUCUCGUCUGAUCCGUGAGACCACCAGCACCGAGAAAACUACCAUUUCUCGAAAGGUUGCAGUCUUCAUCGUCGCCUUUGAGGAGUCGCUCUUGCAAAAGCGCACUUACACCGCGAUCAUGGCCGAGCUCGUCUCCGAGAUCAAUCUGUACGAGUCGUUCUACACUGCUCGGAAGGAGAAGGAAUUCCUCGCUAUCUUCAUCAGUGGUGUUCGCCUGCUAAGCUUCCAGCGCACUCGCAACGCCACAGAGGAGCUUCAAAAGACCGACACCGAGCUCUUCCGUCUGUUCACUGAGCACUUCUCCAUCAAGACUCAGUCGAGCAAAGUCAGCAUCCAGGCCUUCUACCAGAUUACCAUUGCUGAGAUAACCAAGCGCGAGUAUGAUACUCACAUUAUUACAAAGACUGUACUUGCUAUACACCAGGAGAUUGAGCAAGGCCACUUCCAGGAGGCCUAUGAGCUUUCUAGCAUCCUGCACAAGUUUAUUCAGCAGGUCGAUGGCUUCAGCACUCACAGUAACACCAAGGAGGGUAUCUUGCUUGCCAAGUACCUCCUCGGUCACGGCGUGAAGAAAUCUUCGGAUUCUAAACUGGUCAAGGCUAUGUCUGAGCUCUCUCGUGUUGUGCUUCAAGAUAUUCUGAUCGUGUACCGCGCUACUGGUGUCCGUUUCACGGAUUUGGAUGUGAGCGAGGUCAAUGAAAUCACCAUUCUCUUGGGCGAACAAAAGAACUUCGAGGAUCUGGAGUACGUCCUCAACGACCUCUGGUCCUCCCGCAUUGUCCAAAAGACCUGGUCGUCCGACACAAUCAUCUCCAUUGGCCGACGCCUCGUCGAAGCCCGCUUCUCCUGCGGCCGCAAGGAACAAGCCAUUCGCCUCUGCACCGACCUAUGCUACAACAUCGGCCGCGUAUGGGGCCAAUUCGACCGUAUCACCUUGGAGCUCACCGCUCUGCUCUCGGAGCUAUACACAGCAAUAGGAAACUACGCCGGCGCAAUGGCGGUGCACGAGACAGCUCUCCGCCAAGUAACGCACACCCAGACAGACGUGACAUCCGCCGAGAUGGGCGCAUUUGCUGUUCAGCACACUGAACUCUUGAAGCGCGCUUACCAGCGAAACGGCGGCUGGGCUAAGCAGUCUAGUCUCUAUACUGAUCUCCUUAGGGAUAUUAAUGAGCAGUUGAUGACUGAGAAGACUUGGUCCCAGUCUUCGAUUGAGAGUGUUGACAAGUGGCAGCCUAAGGGCGCUGAUAAUUUGGGGUUGUGGCAGCCGCCUACUAGCUAUGGCUUCCUUACAGUUGGGAAGGUUAAUAAGCAUCAGAACCAGCUGCGGAAGAUUAGUACUGGGAAGGUCUUGACUAUGAGUCAGAUUGCUGCUUAA